AUGGUCACCAAGCAAGAUAGACCAUACUAUUUACAAGAGGACGAUCAAGAGGGUGAAGCCUUGGUCUUACCUGCCGAGGAGGAUGAUCCCAGUAUACCCAAAGAUGAGAGCAAGAAGGACAAGAAGGCAAGGGAGAAGAGGGAGAAGGAAGCUGGAGUGAGGAGGGUGAAAGUGGGUAGGGUAGAGCUGGACCCGAGUAUAGACUACGCCAAUUUUACAUCUGAUGGACCGGGUCUGGAUUCAAAAGCGGUAUUAGAUGAUAUGGGGAUGAUCAAUAUCUGGGUGGAUCUCAAGAAACCAUUGCCUGAUUUACCGAAAGAUUAUGCUCGAGCGGUCAAGGAGUAUGCAGUAGAUCGAAGGAAGGGUGUCAAGUGUUCACCGCUGAAUAUAGUUAUAUUCAUCGUCGGAUCGAGAGGUGAUGUCCAACCAUACCUAUCAUUAGCAUUACAUCUCAUCACAUCCCAUUCACACCGAAUCAGAAUAGCUACCCAUCCAGAUUUCAAGGACUUUGUACUCGAAGCGAGGAAAUACUUGAAGGAUAAGAAGGGUCCAAACGGGGCGGAUCUGGAGGAUAAGCUGGAAUAUUUCGAUGUGGGAGGUAAUCCGAAAGAAUUAAUGGCAUACAUGGUCAAGAAUCCCGGUCUUCUACCUGGUAUGGCAUCAUUGACCAACGGCGACAUAUCAUCCAAGCGAAAGAUGACUGCUGAAAUGCUCGAAGGGUUUCAUAAAUCUACUUAUUCGCCUGACUCAGUAUCUGGAAGACCUUUUGCAGCAGAUGCGAUUAUUAGUAAUCCCCCUGCUUUCGGGCAUAUACAUAUCGCUGAGGCUUUAGGUCUUCCAUUACAUAUGACUUUCACCAUGCCUUGGUCACCUACAACAGCUUUCAACCACCCUCUGGUGCGAAUUGAGCAGUCCAAUGCUGAGAAAGGCUUAACGAACUACCUAAGUUUUGCGUUGGCAGAGAUGCUCACGUGGCAAGGCUUAGGAGACGUUAUCAAUUCUUUCCGAAGCAAAACCCUCUACCUGGAACCAUUAUCGAUGAGUUCGGGUCCCUCUGUGGUAGAUAGACUGAAAGUACCCUGGACGUAUUGCUGGAGCGAAGGGCUGAUCGAGAAGCCGAAAGAUUGGAAAAAUCAUAUUGAUAUAUCCGGGUUCUACUUCUUGGAGGGUGACAAGGAUUAUCAGCCUGAUCAGGAGCUGAAGCAGUUCUUGGAAGCUGGUAAACCUCCGAUAUAUAUUGGCUUCGGUUCAGUCGUAGUUGAAGAUGCGACUGCAAUGACCAAAACUAUCUUCGAAGCUGUCAAACAUUCCAAUGUAAGAGCUUUAGUAAGUGCGGGAUGGGGUGGUCUGGGAGGUUGUGAUGUACCAGACAACGUGUUCAUCCUAAAGGGCAAUAUUCCGCAUGAUUGGUUGUUCUCAGAAGGACGAGUUAGCGCUGUGUGUCACCAUGGAGGUGCGGGUACCACGGCAAUAGGACUAAGAAAUGGUUUACCUACGAUCGUUGUCCCCUUCUUUGGUGAUCAAGCCUUUUGGGGUGAGAUGAUACAUAAAGCCGGAGCUGGACCCCCUCCGAUCCCUCAAAAGACUCUCACGACGGAAAAUCUAGCCAAAGCGAUCGAGUUCGCUACUUCUCCUCAUGCAAAAGCCGCAGCCAAGGGCAUGGCAGAUAAGAUAAAAUCGGAGUCUGGCGAAGUGAAAGGCGUGGAAUCAUUCCAUAAUCACCUGCCUUUGCUCAAUAUGAGAUGCGACGUCGACCCUGAUCAAUUGGCAACAUGGUGGUCGGACAAAUUAUGUUUGAGGUUGAGUGGUUCUGUUGCUGCUUUAAUGGUCGAGAGUGGAAAACUCGAUUGGAAGGAAUUGGAAAUUCACCGAGCGAAAGAGUACGACUCGAAGAGAAGGGUGGUUGAUCCCAUCAGCGGAGGUGCAAGCGCGAUCUUCGGUACGAUAACGGGUUAUUAUGCGGGUAUUGCUCAAAUCUUUUACAAUCCGCCAAAAGGAAUAAUCAAUACUACCACAGCGAUACCAAAGGGAAUGGUCAACAUCAUCGAUAACAUAUACGAAGGGAUGGAUAACAUUCCGAGAAUGAUCGGUUCGGAACAAGUGAGAGAGAGGGGUAAAAUACACGAUUUUGAGAGUGGAGUGAAAGAAGGCGCAAAAGGUGUUUUCUACGGUUAUUGGGAUGGAAUAACGGGUUUGGUUAGAGAACCCGUUGAAGGCGCCAAGAAGGAGGGCUUUGUCGGUGCGAUCAAAGGGAUGGGAAGGAGCUAUGUAAAUGUUACUGCUCGUCCAGCAGCAGGUAUAGUAGGAGCGAUAUCACUGCCUAUACGAGGCCUGACCAAAGCAUUCCAGAACAAAUUUUCGGCACCCCGUGAGAUCGUAUUAGAACAACCUAGGAGAUUACUUUCCAUCGAAUCGCUUAAUUCACUAUCAUCACAGAAGAAAGAUAGACUAAGCAAGAAAUUUGAAGAUCUCACUAGACCUGAAAAGGUUAAGGAGAGAAAGGAGAGUUUGAAGAAGAGGGCGAAGAGGGUCAUGGAGGGUGACGAGACUGCCUUGGAUGAAGGAGAUAGCACUCCAGUGGAAGAAAAGGAGGAAAUAAAGUCUACCAACCUCUCAGUGGCUGACGCGGAUGUGAAGGUCAAUACACCCCAGGGAGAAGGGACGAAGACAAGUGAGAUGGAAGAAGCUGAACGUAGAGGAUAUGAGAGAGCUCUGAAGGAGUUGAAGGAAAGAGAAGGUAAAUGA